GUUUCUUCAUCCAAACAACACACCACCAAAACCUCGUCUACACAGAAAACGAACCACAAACACUUACUUUCUCUUUCUCUCCACCUUUAGCAUCACCCAGGGAGAGAGAGAUUGAAGCCCGAGCCGGUUCCUAUGGCUGCCGCUGCUUCACUUUCUGCACAUCAAGGUUUACUCGGAACAUCCUUCUAUGGUGCUUGGGGAAAUUCAAUCUCAGGCGAUGAUUACCACACCAUGCUCGCCAAAACAACUGCGCCAAGGCAGCAAGCUAAAGUUUCACGGAAACUCAUCAGAGUACAACCAAUGAUGAAGAAUGUCAACGAAGGCAAAGGUUUAUUCGCUCCACUUGUCGUUGUUACUAGGGACAUAGUAGGCAAGAAGAGGUUUAAUCAGCUUAGAGGCAAAGCCAUUGCUUUACACUCGCAGGUGAUUACAGAGUUCUGUAAAUCGAUAGGAGCUGAUGCGAAACAGAGACAAGGAUUGAUUAGGCUUGCUAAGAAGAAUGGAGAGAGGCUUGGCUUCCUCGCUUGAUUUGAGUAUAUCUUCUUCUUGUUCCUGUCUAGAUAUAUUUUGUUCAAACCUCUCUUAAUACAAGAACUCCCAUUCUCAUUCCGAAAGUUGUAUCAAUCUUAUAUAACAAACAAUAACACUAUUGUUGAGUUACA